ACUUAUUAACACAAUGGAUAAUUUUCUGGAUUUUAUUAUUUCAACAAACUUUUCGUAUACCUAAAGUAGCAAUUGGAUUACUUUUGCAAUUUUUAAAUAAUAUACUUGGCAUAUAUUUAAAUAAGAAUAUUCCAGGAUCUCUUUAUUUGGUAGAAAAAGCAUGGUGUGUAAGCUCAUUGAAUCCUGACAAAUUUAAGAUUCUUGGAUACUUUAUCCAAAAUGAAAUGAAUAUAAAUGCUCUUGUUUUCUCCUUAACCCUAAUACUUACACAAUUGUUCCUAAUAUUUAAUAUUCCUUACAAAACCAUAGCUGUUCCAGCUAACUAUGGUGCUUGGGGAAUUUCUCUAACAAAUAAGAUGACUUUUACAGCUUACAGUAUAAGACUUACACCACCUUCAUCUGAACUCUCAGUCAGUUAUGGUUCAACUCUUUCUGGGAAUCAGGCAGCAACACUCACAUCACUGGCAUUUAUAUCUGCCUUAUCAAAUCCAACUACCAAUUCAGUUGUUGGUGCUAAACUUUGUGUAACAAUUGCCAAUCCUACAACUAGGGAUGUUGUUCUUAAUGUCAUUGCUGUUUCAGUGCUGAUCCAUUCGUCAUUAAUGGUGUUAAUGGGAAUCCAGAAGAAACCUUUAAUUUGA